GUUAUUUUUUCUUAUAACUUUAUGUUGAGGGUCAUCUGGUCUCUUAUUCACUUGCAUACUUUCUUCAUGGCUGGAAGAUAUUUAGUAUCUGUUGCGAAGUGUGAUUGAAUGAGUUAUAAUUCAGGGUUUUCCAGGUAAAUUUCAGUUAUUUCGGAAAAUAGAUUUUCUCAAUUUUUGUCAAUUGUUGUUAUAAAGUGUGAUUUCUCACCGGAUGCUCUUUAAGCGAACAAAAUAAAGCAUGCGAAAGAUGUUAAAUGUUAUAAGAUUACACUUGACAAUAGGUAAGAGGGCAAGAAACAUCAUUCCCUUUUUGUUUAGACAUCAUGGAUUCUGCCUCAUUUGCUUCAUUUUCUGGUUAGUCAUCAUGGUUCCUAUUCACAUGUCAACGAAGGAUCAGAUAAAUUGGAUCCGUGUUAUGCUUUUAGGUGAUGAUGCUUUAUAGCCGCAAGUUGUUAAACUUAUCAAAGCAAGUUCUACAAGAGUAUUUGAAUAAGUUUGAUUUGUGAAAUUUGGUUUGUAGCGUUGCAAGUUGUAGUUACUGUCUAUAUUUCUCCGGUAUUUUGCCCCUUGCCUUCGCAAUUCAUCUUCGAAUUGUUCAAAACCCUAACCUUAACACACCCACAUUCACACUCACUCACCAUCACUCACCGCUGCCACCACGCCCCCUUUCACACCCCCCCAGAUCCGAGAGAAAGUGUGAACCAGCGGGAGGAGAGGAGGGAGACGUUGAUGAGAGGGCGCUAGCGAGAGAACAGAGAGUGAGAAGGGGUCACCGCCGCAACUCCGCUGCAGCCGCCGCCAUCGCCGUCGUGGAGCAGGGAGCCCGGAGGAGAGAGAGACGAUUCGCAAACGAGAUGGAGAGAGAGGACGAAGACGCGACGCAAGAGAGAAGGAGGCUGUUCUGCAUACAUAUAUGAUUUUAGAUAUAAAGAUUAAAAAUGAUUUAUUUUAUCUGAAACUAUAAAUCCUAGAAAGUUAGAAUUAAAAAAGAAAAUUGACUGCUAAUUAAAAGUAGAUUCCAAACUUAUUCAGAGAUUAUUUCUGUAUUUUAGAACAAGUAACACAACCUAUUACCUUGUUGCAUGCAGUAUAUUAAUGACAUUGUGCCGGAACACUUCUACUUCAGAAAUAACAAUGGAAAAAAAAUCAGAGACCCUCAUCUCUGAUCUCCACUCUUAUUCCUUUUGGAGUGUAGUUGCUGCCAUCUCUUUCCAUUCUUUGCAUUUCUCAGUUGGAAAAUUUGAUGAAGCAUAUGAUUUACUCAGAGACAAAAAAGAAAGGGAUGCAUACCUAGUGUAGUUGCUUAUAAUUGCCUUCUGACUUGCCUGGGUAAAAUGGGUAAAGUAGCUGAAGCAUUGAGGAUCUAUGAAGAAAUGAAAAAAGAUGCGGUACGAAAUCUUGCAACCUACAAUAUCUUGAUUGACAUGCUUUGUAAGGCAGGACAGCUCGAACCCGCUCUGAAGGUUCAGGAAGCCAUGAAAGAGGCUGGUUUGUUCCCUCAUAUCAUGACUGUAAAUAUAAUGAUUGAUAGACUAUGUAAAGCUCAAAGACUUGAUGAUGCUUGCUCCAUAUUUUUAGGAUUGGAUCAUAAACUUUGCACCCCUGAUGCAGUUACAUUUUGUUCUCUUAUUGAGGGUUUGGUUAGACAUGGCAGGGUAGAUGAUGCCUACAUACUUUAUGAGAAGAUGUUAGAUUCCAAUCAAAGUCCAGAUGCAGUAGUCUAUACAUCUCUUAUUAGGAAUUUCUUCAAGUGUGGUAGGAAGGAGGAUGGUCACAAAAUUUACAAGGUGAUGAUGCAUAGGGGUUGUUCUCCUGAUCUAACGCUCCUUAAUAUUUACAUGGAUUGUGUUUUUAAAGCAGGUGAAAUUGAUAGAGGAAGGGCUUUGUUUGAAGAGAUAAAGGCUCAAGGGUUGAUUCCUGAUGUUCGGAGCUACUCAAUUUUAAUUCAUGGUCUUGUGAAAGCAGGUUUUGCAAAAGAAACAUACAAGUUGUUUUAUGAGAUGAAGGAGCAAGGACUACAUUUGGACACCCGCGCUUACAAUGCUGUUAUUGAUGGGUUUUGCAAGUCUGGUAAGGUCAAUAAGGCUUACCAACUGCUGGAGGAAAUGAAAACAAAGGGUCUGCAACCUACUGUUGUCACUUAUGGAUCUGUCAUUGAUGGACUUUCUAAAAUCGACAGGCUCGAUGAAGCAUAUAUGUUAUUUGAAGAAGCGAAAUCCAAAGGUGUUGACUUGAAUGUACUGAUCUAUAGUAGUCUCAUUGAUGGGUUUGGAAAGGUGGGAAGGAUUGACAAGGCAUAUUUAGUUUUGGAGGAGUUGAUGCAGAAGGGUCUAACUGCAAACACAUUCACAUGGAAUUGCUUACUUGAUGCAUUGGGGAAAGCUGAGGAAAUCAACGAAGCUCUUGUCUGCUUCCAAAAUAUGAAAAGUUUGAAAUGUCCUCCAAAUGAAAUAACUUACAGCAUUAUGAUAAAUGGCCUUUGCAAGGUUAGAAAAUUUAACAAGGCUUUUGUGUCCUGGCAAGAGAUGCAGAAGCAAGGGCUAAAACCUAAUACUAUCACAUACACAACCAUGAUUACUGGACUUGCAAGGGUUGGAAAUGUUCAAGAAGCAAAAGGUCUCUUUGAGAGAUUUAAGGCAAGCGGGGGCAUGCCUGAUUUAGCUUGUUAUAAUUCUAUGAUUGAAGGAUUAAGCAGUGUCAAUAAAGCAAUGGAUGCAUAUACACUUUUCGAGGAAACUCACAUGAAAGGGAACAAGUACCCAAUCAAGUUACACCUUCCUUGUAUUUUUUCCCUUCUUGAAGAAUAUGUAUACAAGAUUUACUGCCAAUGCAGUGCUUCAUUCUUCAAGUUCUUUCUAUACUCAGGACCAAGAAAACUACCUCUCAUAGGUAACAUUUACAAUCUUGGAUCUCUGCCUCAUCACUCCCUAGCAAGAUUGGCAAAGCAAUAUGGUCCUCUUAUGCAUAUUCAGCUUGGUGAGCUUUCCUGGAUGGUGGUAUCUUCAGCUGACACGGCCAAAACUCUGAUGAACACUUGUGAUAUCAAGAAGUGUAUAUAGAAUUCAUGAAGGAUGUCAUGGAGGCAGUUUCAGAGUUUUCUGUUGUUGAUCUGUAUCCUUCCAUUGGAGUUCUUGAGGUUCUUACCGGGUUCAGGAAAAAAAUGACAAGCUUCACCGAGAAGUGGAUAGGAUACUUGAGAACAUUGUGACAGAUCAUAGGGACAAAAUUACAGUUGGUGGUGGAGGAGAGGAAGAUCUUGUUGAUAUUCUUUUAAGGCUUCAAAAGCAGAAUGAUCUCCAAUAUCCCUUAUCUGACAGUGUUGUCAAAGCAAUCAUUUUGGUUAGUAUGUUUCAGUUAAAAAAUCAUGCAAAAAUUGAAUUGAUGUCAUGACACUCGUAUGAUUCUUUUUCUUCAAGCUUUUACAGUUUUGUCAAAGCAAUCAUUGAUUAGUAUUCUUUUGAAUAUGAAAC